AACCUUUUUUUUGGUCUAUAAAACAUUUUCUUCCUCUUUUUCUCUUCCACUAAACUCAUAUCACCUUCGCCGGAAAAAAUGGCUUUCCCGCGAUUUCUCUCUCUCCUUUCCGUCGUCACUCUCUCUAUUUGCCUUACCACGACUGAUGCUUCCUCUCGCUCUCUAUCCACCUCACACAAAACGACAGUGCUCGACGUCGUUUCUUCCCUCCAGCAAACACAACACAUCCUCUCAGUCGACCCAACUCGUUCCUCACUUACCGCCCGAAUACCCGAGUUCAAACCCGAAUCCGACCCGGUUUUCCUCAAUUCCUCUUCUCCACUCUCUCUAGAGCUUCACUCCCGAGACACUCUCGUCGCGUCACAGCACAAAGACUACAAGAGCCUAGUACUGAGCCGACUCGAACGCGACUCAUCCCGAGUCGCCGGAAUCGCCGCCAAAAUCCGAUUCGCCGUCGAGGGUAUCGACAGAUCCGAUCUCAAACCCGUUGACAUCGACGAGACCCGAUUCCAACCCGAGGAUCUAACGACACCUGUUGUCUCCGGGACGAGCCAAGGAAGCGGCGAGUAUUUCUCACGAAUCGGAGUCGGAACUCCGGCGAAGGAGAUGUACGUGGUGCUCGACACCGGAAGCGACGUGAACUGGAUCCAGUGCUUACCUUGCUCCGAGUGUUACCAACAAUCCGACCCGAUUUUCGACCCGACUUCUUCCUCCACUUUCAAAUCUCUCACUUGCUCUGAUCCAAAGUGCGCGUCUCUCGACGUCUCCGCUUGCCGCUCAAACAAAUGUCUCUACCAAGUUAGUUACGGAGACGGAUCUUUCACCGUCGGUAACUACGCCACCGAUACGGUGACGUUUGGUGAAUCAGGGAAAGUAAACGACGUCGCUUUGGGUUGUGGUCACGAUAACGAAGGUUUAUUCACCGGAGCAGCCGGUUUACUCGGUUUAGGAGGCGGAGCUUUGUCGAUGACGAAUCAAAUCAAAGCAAAGUCGUUUUCUUACUGCCUCGUUGACCGUGACUCGGCUAAAUCGUCGAGUCUUGAUUUCAACUCGGUCCAAAUCGGCGCCGGAGACGCGACGGCUCCGCUUCUCCGUAACAGCAAGAUGGACACUUUCUACUACGUCGGGCUUAGUGGAUUCAGCGUCGGUGGUCAACAGGUCUCGAUCCCGUCGUCUUUGUUCGAAGUUGACGCUUCCGGUGCCGGAGGAGUGAUCUUGGACUGUGGAACCGCCGUGACUCGUCUUCAGACUCAGGCUUAUAACUCGCUGCGCGACGCGUUCGUUAAACUCACCACCGAUUUCAAGAAAGGAACGUCGCCGAUCUCUCUAUUCGACACGUGUUACGAUUUCUCGUCUCUCUCCACCGUGAAAGUCCCGACGGUGACGUUUCAUUUCACCGGAGGAAAGUCGUUGAAUUUGCCGGCGAAGAAUUAUCUGAUCCCGAUCGAUGAUGCCGGAACGUUCUGCUUCGCGUUUGCUCCGACGUCGUCGUCGUUGUCGAUCAUCGGAAACGUGCAGCAGCAAGGGACACGUAUCACUUACGAUCUAGCGAAUAAUCUUAUCGGGUUGUCAGCGAAUAAAUGCUAAAAAGUGUGGAUUAUUAUUAUUAUAGUUUUACAGAUAUAUCAGUAAAACUUUUAGUUCUUGGUUCCUUUACAAUGGAAAAACAAAAUCUCAAGUGUGAAUCCCAUUUCUCUUUUAUCUCUUCUUUUUUUUUAGUUUAUUCAGAAGUUAUUUCGACUUUUUAUCGAUAAUAUAUAAUAAUAGUAUUGAUUAUUAUUAAUACAAAUUU